AUGUCACCCUUAACCAAACCCCAAGCCGUGGAGGAGGUCCUUCCUGGCCCCGAGGAGAAGCCGAAAGGAAAGCCGCUGCACCCCUGGGGCUCUCUGUUUGGCCACCGCAGUGAGAAAAUCGCCUUCACGCAGAGUGACAGCGUCCCCGAGGAGAACCUGCUCACCAUCACCAUCACUGAGACCACUGUCAUUGAGUCGGACCUGGGCGUCUGGAGUUCCCGGGCCCUCCUCUACCUCACCCUGUGGUUCUUCUUCAGCUUCUGCACCCUCUUCCUCAACAAGUACAUCCUGUCCCUGCUAGAGGGGGAGCCCAGCAUGCUAGGUGCUGUGCAAAUGCUGUCCACCACACUCAUCGGCUGCGUCAAGAUUUUCAUCCCUUGCUGUUUGUAUCAGCACAAAACCCGCCUCUCCUACCCGCCCAACUUCAUCAUGACCAUGCUGUUUGUGGGGCUCAUGAGGUUUGCAACUGUGGUUUUGGGGCUCGUCAGUCUGAAGAACGUGGCGGUGUCCUUUGCUGAGACAGUGAAGAGUUCAGCACCCAUCUUCACUGUGAUCAUGUCCCGGAUGAUCCUGGGGGAGUACACGGGGCUGCUGGUCAACCUCUCACUCAUCCCAGUCAUGGGCGGGCUGGCCCUCUGCACCGCGACAGAGCUGAGCUUCAACGUCCUGGGCUUUUCUGCUGCUCUGUCCACCAACAUCAUGGACUGUUUGCAAAAUGUUUUCUCAAAAAAACUCCUCAGUGGGGACAAAUACAGGUUCUCGGCCCCGGAGCUGCAAUUCUACACCAGUGCUGCCGCCGUGGUCAUGCUCAUCCCAGCCUGGAUCUUCUUCAUGGACAUGCCAGUGAUCGGGAGGAGUGGGAAGAGCUUCCGGUACAAUCAGGACGUGGUGCUGCUGCUGUUGAUGGACGGCGUACUGUUCCACCUGCAGAGUGUCACGGCCUAUGCCCUGAUGGGGAAGAUCUCCCCAGUGACCUUCAGCGUCGCCAGCACUGUGAAGCACGCCCUGUCCAUUUGGCUCAGUAUUAUCAUUUUUGGGAACAAGAUCACCAGCCUGUCGGCCAUCGGCACAGUCCUGGUGACAAUCGGCGUCCUGCUGUACAACAAAGCCAAGCAGCACCAGCAGGAGGCCAUGCGGAGUCUGGCGGCGGUUCCCAGCCGAGUCCCAGAAGAGGACGCGGAGCCACUGCUGCCCUCGGACCCCCGGCCGCACCACUGA